AUGCCGGAACCCCACAUUAUUCCACUCAACCCGAUCCCCGAAGAUCUUCGUUUGUUCUCCAACACGUUUUCCGCGGAUGAGGAUUCUCACUCGCUUGCAAUUUCACCCACCAAUGCUGAUCUGGACGAGGUGGGUAUACAUUCGAGCACGUCUACCCUGAGCAUUGAUGACGAGCCUCACAGUCGUUCGAGGCUGACUAAAGUUCCACCGUUGGAACUGGCGUCACGCGACAGUAGUCUGUUUGCCGCAAACGAUCCGUUCAAAGAUCAUUCCGAUAUCAACUUAAGAAGUGAUUCUGAAGACGAAGUGAUUUCCGAUCCGACUGAUUCCGAGUCUAUCACAGAUGAUGGUCCCUCUAAGCGAUGGGAUCAACUAAAUGCGAAGCUUAAACAAGUCGAACAACGCCGACCAACGAGACUGAGCAAGUCGUUUAUGAAUGACAUGGAGUUGAAAAAGUCCACAGAGCGUUUGAUCUACAUCAAGGAACAAAAGAACGGUCUACCCUCCUCGCCUUCCACGUUGGAUCCGCUUCCAAAAACCGAUUUCAUCAAAGUGAACAAAAACGUGAAAGCAAGAAAACAAAAGACAUCUGGAUAUUCUUAUCGCAGUCUUCAUCAAUUGAAAAGUCCUCUGCGAGAUAGUGGCUCUCGAAUACCGAAUUUGUUUGACGAACCUCCAAGUGUUCCGCGACGCGUACAAUCUUUCCAUCAGACUCACUUUUCCAACACAGAAAACAUACAGGAUAACCCCGAGCCUCGGUCACGCAGUCAGGAAUUCGUCACAGAGGCAGAUGACUACAAAAAUGAGACAAAUACAAAACCCCAAAAGCAUUCAAACGGUAGCAGGCACAAAAAACGAUGGAAAACAAUAGGUGGCUAUUGUCUACAUCCACGGGCCACAGCGUCUCCGAUUCGACGACGCUCGCUUAUUAAUCAGGUCAAUCCCAAUCAUCCGGAUAAAGAGUAUGUUGUCCAUUCGGUAAGUCACAUGUCACCAUUAACCGAAUGCUAUGACUGCAUCAACUCAAUUUCUAUUGUUCUGGUUCGUUCUGUGAGAGCGAGCAUAUACGCGUUGUCCAAAGUAAAAACCAUUGUAUCUUAG